UUAAGGCUGUGGAGCAACUUAUCAGUGACAGGAAGCAAACUGGCAAAUUCUGAGUUUGUUGUGAGUGAGUUUUUCUAAAGAAAACAGAAGAAGACUGUGUGUCAGUGUUGGUCCAGUCUCAGUUUCUCUAAAAAUGCUGCAGCUGCUUCUAUUGCUGCUGCUGUCGUCCACAGCUGACAGCCAGAGUCAGCGAGUGUCGGGCUACAAGAAGGCAAAUGCAUGUGUGUGCCAGCUAAACUCCACCAUGUGGGUGUUUCCUGCUCAGAAGUUUAAGUACGUGUUGGAGGAAGUUCACACCUGUGAAGAAUCUCUGAAUAACCUACAAGAAGAGCUGACGUUCUCUAGCCAACGUCUCCCUCUGAUCCAGGAUCAGUUUACCAACUUUACGGCUCGGCUGGAGCCCUACAACUACCUGCACUCCCAGGGCCUGUAUACAGAACUGUCCCUGCGCCAGCUGGGCCAGGAGCUCAGCCAGUUACAGGUGGACAUCGAUGUGGUCCACAGCCAGCUUAACAACUCCGAGACACAGAAACUCUCCAAAGAGGCUGAUAGACUACAUAAACAUGUAAACAAGAUGCAAACAAUAGACACGCUUAACAUGAAGACUGUGAAGGAGAAACUGCGCUACCUAAAGAAUAAUGUGGAGACCUGCAAGUCAAUCCCCAAAGACUUCAGAGUUCAGGACAAGCACUGCGUCAGAGGUCUGAUCACCAACAUCAGUGACCCUAUCACGACCAAAGUCAGUCCUCAUGGUAAGAGCUAUAUCUCUGGUUCGUGGGGAAAACAAGCCCAGAACGAGAGCGAGGGGCAGAAGAACAGUUACUGGGUUCAACCUCUGCUCAGCAGCCACAUCUGGGGCAACACUGUGCGCCUUUACCAAACCUACGAAGACUUCAUGGCCUCAACAAACCACAGAGAAUUUACCUUUGCUUCAUCUUACAGUCAUCCCAGCACAAAUGAAGGUCCGAACGCCGUCCUGUAUGGCGAGGCUCUGUAUUAUCACUGCUACCGCUCUGCAGACAUUUGCCGGUACGACCUUGAGGCCAACGAGGUCAAACGGGUGACUCUUCCAGGCACUGGUGUGGGUUUCAACAACAAGUUCCCCUAUUGUUAUUACGAUUGCCGGCUCAAUAGUGAUGUUGAUGUAGAGGCAGAUGAAACAGGACUGUGGGCUCUCUAUGCCACUAUAGGUAACCAUGGUAACCUUGUGAUCAGCCGGUUAGUUUGGGACAGCGAGGUGAAGAGUCUCAACGUGACACAGACGUGGGAAACGAGGUUGUUCAAGAAGGCAACGAGCAACGCCUUCAUGGUGUGCGGUGUGAUGUACGCAACUCGUUACGUUAAUGAGUACCGGGAGGAGGUGUUCUACGCCUUCGACACAGCCACAGGCAAAGAAGACAACUCACUAGCAAUACCACUGGAGAAGGUAGCUAAAGCAGUGGCUAGUCUGAGCUACAAUCCCACCAACAAGCAGAUCUACAUGUACAACGAUGGAUACUUGCUGGCCUACCAGGCCCACUUCAGAUCUGAAGCUUUGUAGCUAGUUAUUGUCACAUGACCAAGCCCCCCCCCCUCCAAAAAAAAACGCAAUGGCUUUUUCUGUGCAACAGCAAUCUUAGCAGAUGUUGCAAAUGCUGAAGAUAUAUCAUGUAUGCUACAUGCAUGCUGCAAGAAAAAAAAGCAAUGAUUUAAAAAGUGCAGUUUAAGGACUAUUUUAUGCAACAGUGAUGUUAGCUACAAAUACCACAGAUAUGUCAUGUAUGCUGUAAAAACUGUUCUUAUACUAAUAAUGUCAUUUGGUUAAACUGAAUGCAAACACCGGUUAGAACCAUAAUAAAGUCUUCAGUACCAAAAACAUCAAGAUUUUAACUAUUUUGGGUUUACAGCUUCUAACAUUACUGCUAACACUGUAGGGGUAGGUUUAAAAAAUUGAUUUUAUCAUAGAAAUUGAUUUUAGUUUGAAUAAUGUGAUAUUGAUACCCAAAAUCGAUUUUUAAAUGUAAAUGUAUUUUGCUAGAAACGGCAGAGUCUGAGGUUAAAGCUCACAAAACUGUUUCAAUCAUCAAACAGCUAAUGAUGUAAACGGAUUUUGCAAAAAGAUGUAAAUGCAAAGCAUGCCC